CACCUUUCAUUUCCGAUUGCAAGCAUAUAUCCCAAAAAUCACAGGACGAGCGAGUGUGUGUGAGAGCUUUUCGGAAAAAUCUCUAGGGUUAGGGUUUCUAGCCAUGGGAGGCGGAGGAGUAGUGAGAGCUGCGGCUAAGGUGUCCGGUAUCGGCGUCUUCAACGGUGGCAUCCGCGGGGUUCCUGUCAUGCCGCCUGCCGAGCACUCGGUGCGCAACGCCACACGCCCCGUAUCAGCGAUCUUGUCUUCGUCGUCGGCUUCUUCCAAGACACCCUCUGCCGAAGUGUCGUCGAUUACGGCGGCGUGGGACGAUUGGGAGUUCGCCGACAGCGUGGAGGAGCUGAAGAUUGAGGCAGGGGAGCCGAUGCCGAGGGUAGUAUUCAGAGGCGUACCCAGCUUCCAGGAGGCGAAGGAGGCGACUGCGGAACUGAAAGACGCUCUUGACAAGGUGUAUCUGUCAUCACCAAAAUCCACUGGAUUUGGUGAUGCUGAUCAUGUUUCUGUCCUGUCUACCCUUACAAACCCAGAGUUAGACUCUAAAUCUUGUGUCGUCUUUGAGGCUACACCACCUCCUGUGCCAAAAAAUGUCCUUCAGGCAUUUAAGUUACUCAGUGGAAGCCCUAAAGCUCAGACUGUAGUUGCUUCAAUUGCAUCUGACCCAAAUGUCUGGAACGCGAUGAUGGAUAAUUCUAUGCUAAAGGAUUACUUGGCUUCAGAACAAAGAAAUGACGUUCCAGAACCACAAUCUCCUAAGAGAUUUGAAGAAUCAUCUGAUGGAGGUCAAACUGCGAACAAAGAGAAUGGGUUUGCCCAUAUCACGGGUAUGAUGCGGAACAUUAAGCUUACAGUACUUGAGAUGGUGAGCAACGUGUCCAAUUUCUUUCAGAACAUUUUCGGAGUUUCAACAUCAGAUGACAUUUCCUCCGAUUCCAAUGGAAAUGCUAAAACGGCAGGAGCGACCUUCAUGGGAUUGGCGGUGCUGGUUAUGAUGGUGAUUGUGAUGAAGCGUGUCUAGACUUUCUACGCGGCCUCUGUGAAUUUGUCGAAUUAACAAAUUCUAUGCGUGUUUUCUGCUGGGAUGCCAUUAUAUACAUAAAUAAGAACGUCGUGAAAUUGAAAAAAGGGGGGG